AACCGACAAGGAAGCAGUCCUAGCUAGCAGCAUAAAACAACGAAGCAACCCAAUUGAGUUCAAUUCGCAAACCUCAUUCAAUUCCAUCAUAUGCUUCAUCCUACAAUAUUCUCUCUCUCCCCAUUUCCCGCAUACACACACACAUAUAUACCAAACCUACUUUCUUUUGCUUUUCUCCACCACUAACGCAAAAAGACUCACCACUCAUCACCACACCACCCUUUUGCUUUUGCGUGUUUUUGGAUUGUUCUAGAUCUAAAAGAUAAAGAUGAUCCAAGAACUGUUCGGUGCUGCUACUGCUAGUCUUAUAGCAGCUGAAACAAAAAUCUCCAUUAAUAACAAUGGAGGAGGACUUCUACUAACACCACCCGCACCGUCUUCUCCUUCUCCGUCUCCUUCUUGCACAACAACUAUCACCUCUUCCGCUAACACCGCCACUUCCUCCAACUCCGACAACCAAAAUUUGAGGUGCCCUCGUUGUGAUUCAUCAAACACAAAGUUUUGUUACUACAACAACUACAACCUCACUCAGCCUCGCCACUUCUGCAAGACAUGUCGCCGCUACUGGACCAAAGGUGGCGCUCUCAGGAAUGUUCCCAUCGGAGGUGGCUGCCGGAAAAGCAAGACCUCCGGCAUGUCCAGCUCGGUGGCAAAGCAGGCCGCCACAAAGAUGAAAGCAGUGGCAUCGGAGCUUGGAAGGCCACAGGGAGUACUCUUUGACCAAGAGCUUCCGCAAACCCCAAUCCUUUGGGGUUCACCGCAAAAUACUCAACUCAUGGCUUUACUAAGAGCUACCCAAAACCAAAACCCUAACCCUAACCCUAGUUCCGUGUCAAUUGAUGUCAAGAGAGAAGGGAACUUAUCGGGAUCUCAUUCCCACAUGGUCACUGAGUCAUUGCUCCCAAAUGGGUUGUUGAAUAGUACUAGAACUGGUCUAGGAUACGAUGGUGUGGGAGAAUUUCCUUCACUGGGUCUAUGCAGCUCCUUUUGGAGGAACAAUCAAAAUCAGAAUCAGCAACAAAGCAACGGUUUUGUACUUGGGGAACAGCAAAAUAGUGGAGUUCAAGAACUUUACCACAAGUUCAGGUCAUCGACGUCAGUUAAUUACUGCGGCAGUGAUAAUUCACCGGUGUUUCUCGGCAACAUGGCUUCGUCCUCUUCUUUGUCGAACAUUUUGGAGUCAUCUUCGGUUUCUGGCAGCGAAUUCGGGUGCUGGAAUCCAACCCUUUCCUGGUGUGAUCUUCCCACAACAAGUGGAGCAUAUCCUUAAUCAACCGCAGUAACUAUUUCCUCUUUUUUAUUCACCGUUUUCUUUCAGCGUUAAAUAUAGAACUCCUUAAUUUAUAGUUUAUAGAUGUUAAUCUGUAUUCUAGAGUCUUUUCUUUUUUGUUUGUUCGGUCGUUUUGGGGUGUGGAUAAUUAAAGAAUAUGUACGUGUAGGUAGCAUUAGAAUUUUUUUUUUCCCACUCUCGUUUCUUUCUAUCAUUUGCUUCCGUCUGCAUGUGUUCUGGUUGAUGGUGUGUUUAACUUAGCUCUCUCAAAUCCAAGGAAUGGAAAAUACAGUGUUUCUGCAUCUUUACUUUA